CACACGGGUACCGAGGUUCAUGGGUGGAGAAUCCGCGCGGGUCCUACGCGAUCGACCUCCCGUAAGACGAGAAUUCGUCGGGACGAAUAUAGUUUUCCGAGUACCAUGAUAACGCCUAUAACACGCCCGGAAACGACCUACUUUUUCAUGGAUUCUGGUAACUAUUUGAUUCCGAAACGCGUUGAUUAAGUGUACGCAGUGUUUUGUUAUCGACGAAACUGUCAUCUCGUUCAACUUUCGCAAUAAACGUCGUCCGAUCGUUCUCUUCUUACCCCUCUUACCCCUCACAUCCUAACAGAACAAAUGCUUGAGUUUGAAAUUCGUAAUGACUUGCGGUGAAAAAAUCAGACUGGAGCAGUGCACCAUGAAAAUUGGCGGUCGGGACAAAAAUCAGUGGUGGUUGGUCGGGAGAACCACCAGUCGCUCGAGCUGAGGCCGAGAAUGUUUGAGAGAUCAUUCGAAUGUUUUACCAAAAUUAAGAGGAUCUUGAGUGACGUUGGUGGUUCAGGGUGACACUACGUGUGUUCGACGACGGUGGAAGUGAUCUCAGUGGGCGAUUCAAGAAAAGAACGAAGCUAAGUGCGUGCUUCAUGUUUUUCGCGAGACAACGAAGACCUAUUUCAAAAAUUAUGAAGAGCUUUAAGUGACCUAUAUAUCUAUUGAUGAUGAUAAAGAUGAUGACGAUGACGAUAAAUCCAAGCGACAAAUCCAAAAACUCGAAUCUUCGGUGUGAGUGAUCGCGAUCGCAAGAAGUUUUCGAAUUUUUGGUGCGCGAGCAAUUGAAUUGUCUCGUUUUAUAUUAUAUUUGAUUGUUUUAAAGUGAACGCGCGGACCCCGGGAUGAUCGGUGUGGAUAAUCGAUAACUUUGUGAAACCAAUUUGUCGAUAGACACGCACGUCUGAACUAUGAUGAUGUCGACGGGAGUGAUACGUGGGAAGAACGGAGAUAGUAACUAGAGAAAAAGAGGAUGCGGUGAAAAGCUGGCUGGUUCGCGAGGUUCGUCAUGUCCGCCGUAACCAGCCCGUAUGGCCACGCGGAGAUGCUUUCCGACUCGGUCUACAACUACGCGACGACCCGACGGGGCGCCGCCGCUGAUCAGGACAGCGACCAGUACGAGACGCAGACCCAGUUGCAGAUCACCAGCGGUAUCCAGAGCAAGCCGCGAAACAAGCGGAAAAACUUCAAGCCCAUAAGCAGCCGGAUGGCGGAGGUAUCCGACGAAUCCGAGAGGGACGACGACGAGCCUGAGAUCGUGGAGGAGAGCGAGAUUCUCGAGUACGAGAGGAAAACGAUGCUGCUGCCGGCCGAGGAGAGAUCGAAGCAGAGGUUAAACAACAACGAGGUCAGUCCGAUAGACCUCUCGGUCAGCACCAGGCCGCCGUCCUCCGAGGCCGACGACGAUAGCGGCGAUUCUCUCAGGCACAAGUUCAUCCUCGAACAGCUUAGGUCGCAGAAGUUGUAUUCUCCUGGUGCCGAGGAUGUUCAGGCGAGAAGUCCGAACUCCGACUCGUCCGAACGAAGCGGGAGCGGCGUUCUCGACGCGGAGUCGUCUCGUCUGGACGAUCAGGACACCCAGUUCGAGGAUGACCGGGGCAACGACGUCGACGGCGAGGUCGAGGUCGAGCGAAGGCCCUUCGAAGGCAUGAGGGAGUACGCUGAGUCAACGAUGCAGGAACUUCUGGCGAUCUACGGACUGGCAGGAAACGAACUCGCGAGGUCGGUCAGCAGGCAACUGCCGCCCACGUUUCUCAAUCCGAAUGCUGGUCAGCAAGCUCAAGGGAAGGUGAAGAUAAAGGAGGAGAAGGACGCUUCUUCGAUGGCCCCCGGAAGUCCACCUACGCCCCCGCACACUCCGCAAAGUCCGCAGCGCGCGAUUCCACCUCUUCAAAACCUCUCGCAAUCCUGUCAAACGUCAAACGCGAGUUCACCGAACCCGCAACAACAACAACAACAGCAGCAACAACAACAACAGCAGCCGCAACAGCAGCCGCAGCAACAACAGCAGCAGCAACAGCAACAACAAUCGCAGCAACAUCAAUCGCAGCAGGAGCAACAGCAACAUCCCUUGCACGCAGUGGCGAACUCAUCCCUGAGUCAGAUAUUGGUGCAGAAUCCUGCGUUGGCGCAACUUUUGCAACAGAAUCCGGCGAUUCUGUCGCAGAAUCCGCAGUUGGCGCAGCUUCUGCAGCAGAAUCUGCAGGUUCAGAUGGGCAGCGUGCUCUUUCAGAACGUGAGGCGGGAAGAGUCGGAAGACUCCAGGGUACCGCCGACAAUAGCGAGCCUGGCGGCGAUGAAGGUGGAGGCAGCUGACCCGAAGGUUUCCGCCUUACUUCGGCAAAGUAUGUCACCGGUUGCGGACUCUUUGAUGGGUGGUUCCAAAACGUCGGUGUCUCAACCCAUCAUCGAUUAUUCCCGGUACGUGAGGAGAUAUACAUCUGGUCAAGAAUGCGGCAGUGCGUAUUGUAAGGAAUUGGGAUGUAAAGAACAUUUUCAUUGUCUCGACUGCAGCGGUCGCGUGUUCGUGAAAAAGGAAGAGAUGAUCAGGCACUUCAAGUGGCACAAGAAGAGAGACGAGUCUCUUCAGCACGGCUUCAUGAGAUACUCGCCUACGGACGAUUGCUCGGAAAAGCAUCCGGGCCGAGCCUGUCCUCACAAUCGAAAGCAAACCCACUAUCAUUGCAUACACGAGAAUUGCGACAAAGUGUACAUAUCGACGUCGGACGUGCAGAUGCACGCGAAUUACCAUCGCAAGGACUCGGCCAUCAUACAGGAGGGCUUUCAGCGAUUUCGAGCUACGGAGAGUUGCGCGACCGAUCACUGUCCGUUCGUUGGUCAACGAACCACGCACUUUCACUGUCGGCGACCGGGAUGUCGAUUCACGUUUAAAAAUAAGGCCGAUAUGGUUUCCCUUUUUUCAGACAAGCACAAGUCUUACCACAUCAAAGACGAGCAGCUGUCGCGCGACGGUUUCAAGAAGUUCAUGAAGUCGGAGGCCUGUCCGUUCGAGCAAUGUCGAUUUUCCCGUGUCUGCAAUCACAUUCAUUGCAUACGGCCGCACUGCAGUUACGUUCUGCACUCAUCUGGUCAGCUCUUUUCGCACAAGCGGAAACACGAGCGUCACGAGUCGGAACUUGCGUACCGGAAGUACAAGCAGGUCAGCGCGGUCGGUGGUAUACGUCCACCCGGUUCGUGGGCGCCGGACGAAUUGAGCUCUCAAAGUCUGUCCUUGAGCCUGAACGGCGAGAGCUCCAACGAGGGAAGAGGUUCUCCAUCGUUUUAUUCUCUGGAGGAUUCAUUUCAAAGCGCGAGCGAUCUGGCUAUGGAUCUCACCGCUCCGACCACUACCGUUACAUCCAGCGGAAGUUCGUCCAGUCUCGAUCAGCAGUCGCAUCAGCAAUGCCAACAACAAUUGAGUCCCGCAGAAUUGACGUAUCUGGUACCGGCUACGUCGGAAUGCGCCUGCAACGUGGGAAAGGAACAUCAUCAUUGCGGAUUGGACCGCUGUGGGGCCACUUUGAAGGAUCCUCGAGAAGUUCGGGAACAUUUGAAGGAACACGAGACUCAGGAACGCAUAACGGACGCUUUUUUCGAAGAGGGCGGUUGCGACGACGGUUGUCCGUACGCGGACAAGGAAAAGCAUUAUCACUGCAAUUGGGAGAACUGUCGAGAAGUGAUACUCUCCACCGAUAAACCGUUCCGUAGGUUGCAGCAUUACAAAAUUCACGAGUACAGUCGACAAUUGAACCUCUCGUGUACUUCUCACGCUCUUUCAUCCGACGUAACGUUGACCCACCUGACCAAUAUCGACGCGAUGUUCAGGCGGAAACGUGGCAGACCGCCGAAAAAUCGUGUGAUAGAAAUUUGGUCGGGUGGCGAUCCCGCUACGCAUACUCAUGACUCGCCGCAAGCGAUUUUCACCAGUUUCAAGCUUCCAAAACCGCAGACUCCCAAUUUAACACCAAAUCCGUUGAUGGAAGAUCGAGAUGGCAGCGUGUCGCCUUCGAACAGUCUGGGCGAGCCCGAAGGAUUCGCUACGUACAAUCCCGAGGGAUGUCCGGACACGAUCUGCGUCUUUCGAUCGACCAGGCAUCAUCAUUGUUCGCAACCGCGAUGUUACUUUUCCACCGAUCGGCCGGAACAACUGCUCAUGCACAGCAAGGAUUUUCACGACAACGUCGACAUAUUGCCGGGCUUCGCUUUCUACGACAAGAUGGUCGAUUGCCGAUUGAUCGGCUGUCACAGCAACAGUGUGAAUCGACAUUUUCACUGCACCAGACCGAACUGCGGAUACUCAUUUGUCAGAUAUUCGACGAUGGCGUUACACGAGAAGCAACAUUCCGGUUACGCCGAAUCCUGCGGUCGAGGAAUCGAGGAGUCGAGCAAUCAGGAAUGUCAAACGCAACCUCAGUCGUUGGUUCAGGAGACGAAACCGAGAAUUCAGGUGAAAAAUCCGGCCGAACUGAUCGAAAAGCCGGACGAGAACUUGAUGGCGAGCGAUCAGGAAAACAGAUCGAUGAUUGAGGAUAAGGAGUCGGAACUCGCGAGUCCCGAUAGCGGCAAGACCACCGUGGUGAGGGCGGCUGGCACCUAUUAUCCGGUCAGCGGACCGCCGAGUGAACCCGCACUUCCGGGCGUCGUGCUAUCCAUGCGAACUUCCGUGCACCAAGAAUCAUCACCAGUUAUGCCGUCUUUGAACUCAACUUCGCCGCACACUCUUUACGGACCGGAACAAAGCUGCAGCAGGCCGUUCUGCAAGCUUAAACGCAAAAAUCAUUAUCACUGUAACGCGUGCAAUCAAGCCUUCUCUGAAUUGGAUCGCUUGGUCGCUCAUAUAGCGAAGCACUCGACCGGCGCCAUCCUCAGCCAACAGCAGCACGAUAUGGUCAGUCCGUCGCCCAAUCAGCUGCAGCACGACUACAUCGCGCAACUGUCGCAGAAACACGACUUCAUGUCGCCGAACGCUCAGAUGGCCCAGAAUAUUCAGAACUUUCAGAACCAAAUGCAGCGUCAAAUGCAGCAGAGUCUCGGCCAGCAGUCACAAUCGCCGAAAGAUAUCAAGUUGGAAAAACCGAGAUGCAGCACGGACAUAGGCGUGCAAAAUGUGCCGAAUGUUAAGCGGGAACCUCCCGAAAUUCCUUCCAGAGAAGAAGCCAACAAUUCCGCGAUGGAUAGUCACGAAAAUGGCCAAUUGCCGCAACCACCCCCGAUCCAACCGCCUGCAAAUGUGCAACAGCCUACGGUACCAACGAGCUUCGAGCUCGAUCUAGCCCACGGCUUUCACUUUCCGAGUCCCGCUGUGAUGGCCGCUAUGAAUCAACAGAUCGCUCUGAUGAAUCAGGCCCUACCCCCGUUUCUUCAACACGGUGGAAUGUACGCCGGUGGACCCGGGCUGAUGUUCGCGCCCGGUUUACCGCCGGCUAAUUUUCUUCCACCUACGAGAGACGAGAAUCCUCUCGCUUCAUUGGCAGCUAAUCUCAAUCUGAACAAGAGAUCUCUCUCGCCGCCGGACGCUAACUCGCCGGAAGCCAAGAAGCAGAGACUUCAUCACUCGAUGCGCAUGCUGAAGGACGAACCUGUGCCAGAGGGAUAUGUUAGAUUCAGGUUUAACGAAGACUGCAGGUAUCCUCAUUGCGGUUACAGAGAGCACCAGACUCACUUCCACUGUAUGCGUCAAGACUGUGGUUAUUCGUUCUGCGACAAAACUCGCUUCGUGCAGCACACAGCGAGACACGAACGAUUGGACACCCUGAUGGGAGGUGACUUUCAGCAGUACCGGGCGAACGUGCCAUGUGGCAGAGCACAAUGCGCGUAUACGUCAUCUCUCGGAUCGAUGCAGAAUAAGGCGUCGCACUUUCAUUGUUUGAAGUGCGACUUCGUCUGCACGGAUACGAACAAAGUGGUCGCUCAUCGGCGACAGCACGCCAAGUUGGACAGUAUCGCGGCGGCGGGCUUUCAGAAGUUCACGCCGAGUCAGCCUUGCGGAUCCGGACAGUGCCAGCAUUCUGGCAAGCAGACUCACUAUCACUGCCUGCAGUGUCAGUACGCGGUGCUGGGCCUGGCGCAGAUGUCGGCACACAAGUACCGACACAUGGACACCUAACGAUCUCUCCCGUAGAAGUUCCGCGCGAGGCGGAACGUCCGAAAUAAAGCAUUAUCUUGGUCCCUGUAGACAUUCCCCUAGAGAAUGGGCGCGGCCGUCAUCCCCCGACCAGAGAUGGAGAAUCGUGCGUAAUCGAUAACGGGGCUAGUCAGUGACUUCGUCUCAACUCGAUGCCCAUCGUCGACACUUUUGUCCCGUGAGAGAAAACUCCGUUCGGUCGAAAUUGUGAAAAAGACCCGUAAAAGACACAAAAAUUCCUAGUCCCUACAGACAUUCCCCGAAAGAUCACUCGUGUGCCUUGAUCGUUCACGAUCGAGUUAUGUUCCUGGUAAUGGUGAAUGAUCAGUGGCCAAUCGAUACAGGGGGCUAGUCAGUAACGUUUAUCUUCAGGAGAAAUAUAUUAAUAAAUGAAGACUUUCGAUGGUUAAGAUACUUUUCGUAUCUGUAACAAUGUCGGGAAAAAAAAAAGCGUUAAGGCAACUCGGUCUCUCCGUACUUAGAGUCUGAACAAAAUGACGCGAACAGACAAUUUUUGAGAAUCGAAACGAACAAUCGCAUUAUCGAGCACCGCGUUUUCCAGAUUCUAAAAAAAAAAAAAACACCUUCGAGUGUCCGAACAAGAUGGAACUUCGAAUAUAUAUUAAAUUCCAUCGUCUGUUAACAAACGUUUACACGUUAGUCGAAUCUCAAAAUACAUUUUUAUCAUAUAUUGUAUUACAAAAAUUGGAAGAGAAAAAAAAACGAGAGACGCGAGAACGUGGCGUAGCACCUAAGACAAUAAUACGAAGACAAGCCUAUAACUUGUAGCUUUAGCACAAAAAAAAAAGACAAACUAUGAUAUUUAAUAGGAAGAGUAACGGAAUUCUGUACAUUUUUUUUCCCUUUGUUAGUAUCAUCCUGUGUACCCUCCGCGUGAAUAAUCCUUACAACGAUCGUGAAAUAAUUUCUUUAUUACGCGAAGAAAACGAAUAUGAAAAAGAGAGUAUAUGUCGUAUAAUCGGAGUAAUUAUUAUUUACAAAAUUAGUAUAAAGAUCGAUUUGACGAAGUUUGUUUCAUCAUUUUAGAAGA